AUGUUGGUUCACGUCGCUUAUCCUGACUUCAUCCUCGACAGCAAGAAAUUGGACAAGUACUACGACAACUUCUCCGUCGAAAAAACGGAUUCGUACAGUCAGAUGGUAGAGAAGGCUGCCCGAUGGAAGUCAGAAUCCAGCCUGAAGCGCCUCUCCAAGCCCGUCCAUCGAGCCGAGUUUUUCUCGGAUCUCACCGAUGUUAAUGCUCAGUACAAUUUCCAUACCAACACUUUUGAGGUAUCUGCCGCUUUUCUGCAAGCGCCAUACUUCCAUCAAUCUUUUCCAAGGUAA